AUGCUUCAACAAACUCACACUGACCCUUUUUUCACUUCUGGUUUUGGGUUUAGAGUCAGGCCUCCCAGAGCUAUUUCCAUGGACCACCGAACCAAUGUCUUUAAACCCAAAGAAAAGCUCUUUACUUCUUCUUCUUUUUCCUCAUCGUCAUCCUCUUCUUCUCUGUUGUCGAAGCAGCCUCUGCGAUAUCAGAACUCAAUCUUAACUUGUCGUGCCACGCGUGAUUCUCAGGAGACUUCACCCAGGGAGGAUGAGUCGCCUAUCCAUGGAUUGUCUGAGACCAUUGUUGGUGUCUUGGGAGGAGGUCAACUGGGUCGCAUGCUUUGCCAAGCGGCUUCACAAAUGGCUAUCAAAGUCAUGGUCUUGGAUCCUCAACAGAACUGCCCUGCAAGUGCUCUGGCCUACCAUCAUAUGGUUGGAAGUUUUGAUGAUAGUGCUACUGUGGAAGAGUUUGCUAAGAGAUGUGGAGUAUUGACUGUUGAAAUCGAACAUGUGGAUGCUACAACUUUGGAGAGACUUGAGCAACAGGGAGUCGAUUGCCAUCCAAAAGCCUCUACUAUCCGAAUAAUCCAGGAUAAAUAUCUUCAGAAGGUUCAUUUUUCUCAGCAUGAUAUUCCGCUACCUGAGUUUAUGCAGAUAGAUGAUUUUGAAGGUGCCAAGAGAGCGGGGAACCUAUUUGGCUAUCCUCUUAUGAUAAAGAGUAAAAGGUUAGCCUAUGAUGGGCGGGGAAAUGCUGUUGCUAAAAGUGAGGAGGAGCUUUCUUCUGCCAUUGCUGUUCUUGGAGGGUUUGAUCGUGGUUUGUAUGUUGAGAAAUGGGCCCCAUUUGUGAAGGAGCUAGCUGUCAUUGUUGCAAGAGGAAGAGAUAAUUCCAUCUUAUGCUAUCCUGUUGUUGAAACCAUUCACAGGGAAAACAUUUGUCACAUAGUCAAGUCACCUGCAAAUGUGUCAUGGAAGGUUCAAAGGCUGGCUACUGAUGUGGCCUAUAAAGCUGUGAGUUCAUUACAUGGUGCCGGUGUAUUUGCAGUGGAGUUGUUUCUGACAGAGGAUGAUCAGAUCUUACUAAAUGAAGUAGCUCCUAGACCUCAUAACAGUGGUCAUCACACAAUAGAAUCUUGCUACACCUCACAGUUUGAACAACACUUGCGUGCUGUUGUUGGUCUUCCACUUGGUGAUCCAUCAAUGAAAACUUCAGCUGCGAUAAUGUAUAAUUUACUUGGUGAAGAUGAGGGGGAUCGUGGUUUCUUUUUAGCUCAACAACUUAUUGGGAGGGCUUUGGGUAUUCCAGGGGCUACUAUUCAUUGGUAUGAUAAGCCAGAAAUGCGGAAGCAAAGGAAGGUAGGCCAUAUCACCAUUGUUGGUCCUUCUGGGGCUGAUGUGGAGAAGCGUUUGGAUUCAUUGCUGAAUAAAGAAAGAUUUGAUAGUCAAUUUGCAGUUGUACCACGUGUUGGGAUCAUAAUGGGCUCUGAUUCAGAUCUUCCUGUUAUGAAGGAUGCUGCAAAGAUUUUGACUAUGUUUGAUGUGCCUUAUGAGGUGCGAAUAGUUUCUGCACACCGGACUCCUGAAUUUAUGUUUUCUUAUGCCUCAUCUGCUCGGGAUCGAGGCAUUCAGGUCAUCAUUGCUGGUGCUGGUGGUGCAGCCCAUUUACCAGGUAUGGUAGCUUCACUUACUCCUUUGCCAGUAAUUGGUGUUCCUGUGCGUGCUUCUACAUUGGAUGGAGUUGAUUCACUCUUAUCGAUUGUACAGAUGCCAAGAGGUGUCCCUGUUGCCACAGUUGCUGUUAACAAUGCGACAAAUGCAGGUUUGCUGGCAGUAAGGAUGUUGGGUGUUGUUGAUGCUGACCUAGUAGCAAGAAUGAGCCAGUAUCAAGAAGACAUGCGGAACGAUGUCUUGUUAAAAGCAGAGAAGCUUGAAAAAGUUGGCUGGGAAUCUUAUUUAAAUUCUUGA